ACAACGAAAGCAGUUGGGUAUUCUAGAAGAGAAAGAGAUUGAUGUUUUUGAGAUGGAAACCCUAAGUGGGUAUAUUCUGGAAGACAAAGAUAUCCAGCCUUCGCUUCAUUACAAACUCCAACCAAUAAUGUCCUGUUGGUUCUGUGAGGUAUUUAUUCUAUGAGGGUGAAGUGGAAGAGGUGAGGAAAAAUGAAAGUGGAACUACAAAGAAGGUUGACAAUAAAGCAGUGACCAACAAUAUCAACAGGCCUCCCGCACCCAAGAAGUUUCUUGCAUUAGGAAGUGCUGCUCCUUAUCUGGGAAGGAAAGCAAGAGAGGGGAAAGCAGGGAAAGCAAAGGAUUCCAAGCAAGGCAAAUAUCUCAUUGUUCUUCUAGAGCAUUAAUUUGAGAAGAUUGGCAGAAUGAAGUUUCAGUUUCUUCUUCCUAGCCAUCAUUCUUCAUUGGAUCUCAUUCUUUCUUUUGAUUGGACAAUUAUAGAUCUAAUUCUUGUUUAUCUACAAUGGAAGACUAGUAGUGGCAGCCCUACCAACCACUGAGCUUUAGGGCAUCUUAAGUAUCAAAAGAUCGAAUUGAUGUUCGUAGGAGAUUCAGUGCAGAGAGCCUAGUUUGAGUCAAUGGUUUGUUUGGUGCAAUCUGUGAUUCUUGAGGAGAAGAAAUCCUUCCAUAGAAUUCCUCCCACAACCACAAUGAUCUUUAAAGCUGAGGAGUACAAUGCAUCAAUUGAGUACCACUGGGUUCCCUUCAUGGUGGAUUCUGAUUCAUACCAUGCAACAUAUCAUACUGUCUUGAGAUGACUAGUGAACCUUGCUGCCAAAGCCAAUCAUGGCAGGAGCUAGGAAGGACUUGAUGUAUUGGUGUUUGAGAGCUAUAUCUGGUGGAUGCACAAGCAUAACAAGCCCAGAUCAAUGCUAUCAGGAGCUAGAAGGAGUUGAUGUGUUGGUGUUUGGAGCGAUAUCUGGUGGAUGCACAAGCAUAAAAAGCUUGAGAUCAAUGUUAUGUAAGUUUUCAGUUUUUGAUCUAAGGCCUCCUAUUCCAUCCAAAUUCUUCUGGUUUUUGUGCUCAAGUGCAAGUUUUUUAUUUGAAGAUACAUUUUGGAGUCCAACACGUUAAUCUAAGUUCUAACUUUCUUCCUGAGGUUCAUGUUUUUUUCUUUUUUUUUUUUCUUCUUUAUCAGUUACGGAACUACUGAGAUUUUUCAAGAAUAUAAUGUGACAACUAGUCAAUUGAGAAACCUGGGCAAAUUGGAUAGAAUCCAACAUCAGUCCUUUAUGUCCCCUACACAUAUUUGUGGUAUGUUUCACUUGCUGUUUUCUAUUAAGAAACAUCCCAAGCCCCCAAAUUAUGAAAAGAUGAUGAUAAUAUAGGGAGCUAUCAAGCUGUUAUAAACCCUUUUGAUGAAGUAGAAGAAGUUAAUCCUUUCUUUGUUAAUCUUCUUUUCUUUUCAAAUUUAAAAGAUUUUUUUUUAAUGAUAUGAUUCUUAUUACUACUCAGUGAUCAUGAAUAUGUAGAACCCUUCAAGGCUUUCACCUCUUCUAGCAGAACUAGUUGCUUUCUGCUAUGGUCGUGAUGCAAAUCAUGAUGUCCCUCUUGCUAUAGUCACCAGACCCAGUUUUAAGAUUGGCCACCAUUUGCCCCAAUCGUUCGUAAUGAUAUUGCAAAUGAUGUACUGAUUUAUCUACAGAAGUUUAUGUAUGUUGCCUUUUUAUCAUUCUAAGGAUUGGUUUUGUGCAUUUUUUAGAAUGACAUAUGGCUGCUACUCCAGCAUUCAUCAAAGGGGAAGGUUGGAAGCCAAGCGAUAAUGAGAACUGCUUUAACGAGACCCAUCCAAUCCAAGAAGCAUCAUACAAGAACUAAAGAUCAACCAUUCCAGUUUUGAACAUUACACAAUUGUUAGAAUAUAUCAGAAAAAUGCUCAUACAUUUCUGUUUAUGAAGACCCUAAAAUUUUGCUGAUUGCAUUCAUUGGUGCUUGCCGGGACCACCCUAAGAAGAUGCUCAGUGCAUCUGUUUAUGGCUCAUACAUGGAAUGAGAUUUUGUAUGCAUAAUUGUUGAACGGUUGUAAAAAUCUUCUGAACUUCCUUUUUGGAAAUCAAGAUACUGACAAAAC